AUGCCAACGCUAUUCUCACGCCGACAGCGGCCUGCUGGCAGCGAGCUAGGCGCACUUCGCUUCGGCAACGGGAUCUCUUCCAGCGACUUGCUGGCUCGAGCUGCUUCACCAAGCGAUCAAGACGCCCGCCCACUGCCUGAUGUGCCUGGUCAUGAUGACCUUCCCGCAACGUAUCAACCAGAAUACCGUACUCCCGCCUCCGGUCCUUCGAUGACCGAAUUCGGAGCUGCACGGUCUCCGACCUCCAAAAGCCCCUAUAUGACUGCCUCAUUUGGGAAGCGGUCAGAGGAUCGCUUCGGAUCUUCAAGCCUCCAGGCAUCUGCUCGCAAGCCCAAUCGCUCUGGCACGCUGCCUUUAGUGCCUUUGACAGCCACCACUCCCGUCACUCUUGGAGUUGCUAGUCCAACGAAGGGUCCGGGAUCCGUAUAUGCUGUGCAGGAGCAGGUAGAGCCCUACACAUAUGGCUAUGCCCACGAAGGUUGGGACACUCAACUCGAUGCUGCCCAAGUUGCAGACCUAGUAAUGGCAUGUGGCGACCAGAUUCGUCGCAGAGGUGAGGGAUUGGCCUGACCCCGAGCAUUGACAUUGCGUGAAUCAUAUUCUCAACGGAAGCGCUUUCACUUUGGUCUCGCUUCUUGCAGGUAUCGACUCGCCCCUCAUAUUCUCAUCCAUGGCGCUAGACGUGUCGCCCAGCAACACGGGCUCUCUAAUCAAAAGCUAUCUGGCGGGUCUGAAUGACUCAGAUCGUAAUGCCUCGCAGACCACCAUCACUGGUCGCGCGGACGGCACUGCGCAGCCAGAAUCGCUACCCUCGAGAUUCUUGGACGAAAUACGGUUUGCUAACCCCCACGACCUCGCUACUGUCAUCAAAUGGGCGAUGGCACGAAUGGGUCGCAUCUUCGCCGUGCCUGUACCCACUCCUGCGAAGGGAGGGCCUGGGAGGAAAGGCGAGCUGGAGGAGGAAACAAUCGUCGUGCAGCAGCGCGGCUUCCUCGAGCUAGAGCACUACAUGGCUUGGCGCGAGGAAGAGAGGAGUGAGUAGCGCGCAUGUCAGAUCACUUGCGACCUUCUGAUGACCCAUGCACACGGACCCCACUUAGAUCGCGACUUUCCUCCGACUGCCUUCUCCGCUUUCAUCGACCUUUUGACCGAUACAUCAGCCUCCCUGCUUCUCACCACGCUGUUUUCUUUGCUCUCCUCAACCUCCUCAUACAGCCAUAAGAACGGCAUGACACCGUCCAAGAUUUCGCGCAUCUUUGGUGCGCUGAUCUUUGGCUUGCCUGAGGACGAUACGUUUGAGCGCACCUACGAUUCCUAUGUGCGGGCGGGCAACGCCACGGAGCAUCUUCUGCACGCAUACAUCCGGGACAUCAGCACGAUGGAGGCAUUGCCCAUGAGGCUAGCAGACCACAUAAAAGGAUACCCCAAGAUGCUCUCUACUGAGCUUAAUCACCCGGCUAGACACGUACAAGGCGUACCUAUUACGCAGGUGGAGCGUCAGGUACGGCUUUACAGUGCUGACCUCGUCCAGACCGCCGGUGAGAUUGACCUGACAAACGACUCAGAAGAAUGGGCCGCGUGCUGUAGCGACAGCGACUACCAUGGCCAGCAUCCGCAACUCUCGGAUCGCUUCCGCAAACUCGUCAACCUUCGAGGAGGCACAGGUCAAGGGCGAAAAGGGGAGGUCAACACGAUUGGUAGGAGCGCAUCUCAAAUUUUGCGAGCUGGAGACUUGGAAUUCGAGGCUUACGAAUCCGUGUCUGCAAAAGACUGGGGUGAUUUCAUGCUCGAUGGCUUUGCUGCACCUGAUCAAUCAAAGCUGGCCUUUGAUCUUCGCGAGAGCGAGCGCAAAGCCCGACACAAGCGGCAAUCGAUGGCCUGGGACAAGUUCGAAGAGCAAGGCUUUGUCGCCACGGACGAUGGCCUCCGCGAAGUUCUUAGCUUUGACGACGGGUUGAAAGAGGACAUGCGAAAGUGGCCCUCGCAGCGCGCGGAACUUAUGGAGCAAUUGCGAAAUCAGGUCAAAAAGCUGCCGCCCUUUCCUUACGACACGACACCAGUCUGUGUGGCGAGCCCUUCGCGCGAUGGGUCGGAGCACUCUGGACAGUGGCAAGAAUAUCCGAUUUCUCGGAUGGAUGAUCUCUUUGCUGAAUGCUGGGCCGACUACUGCUUAGGUAGUGGCUGGAGCAACAGGGAUGAGCUGACACAUCGGAAUGCCAAUUUCGUGGUGGUACAGUAUAAGAGCCGUCCAGCGCCGUGGACAGUAGGCAAGGGUGCGUCGUCAGCGUCGGCCUCCCUGCCGACAAGUGUCAGCGUUCGCGAUCACAACGAGUUUGGCGAGGCAAUCCAAGCCGACGACCGCACGGAUGCUGCUUGGUUUGUCGUGCAGGAAAUUGUGCCAUCUCAAUACCGCAGCGAUCUGGACGCUGCUGGUCGUCUCAAGCGACGCAGCAAAGCUUACGUUCGGAAGUUCAACGUCUUCAAGCGCAUGUGGAAGGACAGAUCGGAAGAGUCUUUGCCGUACAAUCCAAACGAUCCAUUCCGCCCGGGUGUCGGGGGCAUGACGAAACAACUUCGACUGCCUGAUCCUGCCGCAACAUCCAGAGCAUUCGAUAUAGAACGAUCAACCACCUACACGACGGUCAGAACACGCGACCAACGUCGCGCGGAUGCUGGCGUAGUGCCGAAUGCUAGCUACGAUCGGUCUUCGCCUUUGCCCUCAGGAGCGGUCACGCCAAGCAAUGAGGAGCCCGCCGCAGGUCGUCUUCUCAACCACCUGCGUUCGCGUACUAGGCGAGGCAGGUCAGGCCAUGAAAAUUCCUACGGAGAUGAGGAAGGCGUGGCACCUGCCGUUCCGCCAAAGCACAGUGCAACCUUGCCUGCCGCUAUGCGACCAGUUGAAAACCAGGCGAGGGCAUCGGAUGUGUCAAACGGCCUUGUCCGAAAAUCCUCGUGGUCAUCGGCGGACUUUGAGACGCGCAGUGUGCAUGACCCGGAUAUGGCUGCCUUGAAUUUUAGCGAUGGGCCACCAAGUGGGGGGCGUGUGAGAAAUGCUCUCCGGCGUGAUCCGCGCCGCGAAAGCAAAGACGAUUCUUGGUUGGAUGUAAUGGUCAAGGCUAACGAGUCACGGAUGACUGGUCAAGACGCACCCCCGCCGGGCAUCAAGCCCAAGGCAGCAGACGGCUCGACGCCUUCACCAGGUCAUGGCGUCGCACCCCUUCCUGCAAAUUCCUCGCGUCCCGUGACACUCCCUGUUCGCGAUGCAAGUCUGCCGGGAGGCUCCAGCAGGUCCCCUGCGCACAACAACACUCAAUUGCCUGCCAGUGCACCGGCACAUGUCCAGGUCGCGCCUACUGUUGUCAGCCCUGGACCAGCAUCUGCUGCCGCUGCGAUCGCCGCUGCGGGCUGGUCCCGGGAGCCUGCCCGCAAUGGCGUUCCUGCUCAGGAUAGCGAUGCCGACUUUUCACUUCCUUACCUGCAGCCCCAUGCACGCGACGGUCUAUUGACGGAGGUGCAGGCUACGACUCGUAGCCCUGAACGCUCUCCACAGUUGACAUCACCAAGAUCUGCCGGUGUCAAAGCGACCCCGUCUGCUUCUCCCACUGCGAAGUCCUCCAGCACGUCGGCAGCCCAUGGCGAGCCGCAUCUAGCACGGCGCUCGCCUCCUUUGGAUCGCAUGGAAGUCGAUGGUGCAGAUGACACUCGUGAGAGCACUCGAUCCGUCAUUCCCGCGAUGCCCGGACCUGAUGCGAGUCCCGCGGAGAAGGAACGAGUUCGUCAAGCUCGCAUCGAUGCGGCAAAGGAGCGCGCUCGCGAGCUGCGAGCAGGAUUGCAAAGUGUGGACGUUCGAAAAGCCAACACGCCUCAGAGCCCCCAGAAGCCCGUAUCGCCAGCGACAACACCCAAUGCGCGGCCUCGUGUGGAUCCGUUCAGCAAGAACCCGACGGCAGGUCGCGUGUCUGCUAUUGCUUCAAAAUUUGGAGGGCCUGGCAAGGCGGGCAUUGCUUCUCCGACCAAUUCGGAAGGCAUCCAACGUUCCCCCGCCAAGCUUCCCUUCCCAGGCUCUGCCAUCUCCAGUCCUAACCCCUCGCCAAGCAAGAAGCCAACCGGAGCAAAUGGCUUCACUGCUUUCACGAAUGCGCCUCAGUCGCCGUCAGUAGCUGCAGCCGCGCUUGUCAAUGAUGACGCUGACGAGACCGAGUCGGCCGCUGGGCGUCGUUCUGAGGAUAGCGCCGGCGCAACCGAUACAGACUCCAUCUAUCCUGAUGAGUCCGCAUCCCGAUAUGUUCGUGACGACAACGAGCGCCCACUGCGUCUCUACAGCGAGCGUGAGAACGCCGAAGAACUUGAAAGUGCAGAAGCAGAGGAUCAUGUCAUGGCCUUACGAGCACGGUAUCAACCGGGAAUGCCUCUAGACAAUGUGGCCGAAGAGGUGAGUAGUGCGGAGAGCCGAAUUUCUUUCAUAAUCAACUGACAACCUUCCUUGUUUGCCUUUUUGAAUCAGUCCGAGUCUAUGCUCAGUGGCUCCAACUUCUGA